AUCGUAAAAAUCUGACAAAUUGUUGAGAGUUGCCAAUCAGUUAAAAUUAUUGACUAAUAAGAAAUAUGCAAGUAAAUAAAUAUUGAUACUCAAGACUCAAAGAAAGCAUUUAAUAUUGACCAGGAUAAUAUGAAAAAUAUAAUUUAAUCAAUAUCAUUAAAUUGCAUGUCGGAUAACAUCUUUUGCCUACAAAAAAAAUAUCUAUAAUUCGUAGUGUAUGUAUAGGUUUGACGAGGCUUAAUUAUCCAGUGACAUAUCGAGAUAAAAUUAUGUAUCGCCGAUAAUACAUGAUAAGGCAUCAGUACAAUGUCGUGUCUGUUUCCCGUCUCUACGUGUUGCUUGCUUCUGCCAUAUGUUUGGGAAUAUGGUGUGCGCGUUCCUUGCGACUGUCUAAAGUUCUUCAACAACUUUCAGGUGGAACUGGAGAAGUUGAACGCGGCGACAGAUGAGAUCAACAAGUUGGAGUUGGAGCUUGACGAGUCUAUGAAGACCUUCAGCCUGCUUCUGAGCGAGACCUCGCGGCGGCUACAGAAUCUCACGAAACGGCUGGGUCCGUGCGUGGACAAGUCCAGGCCGUACUACGACGCCGUGGCUGCGGCAGCCGCGGCGAGAUCCGAGUGCCAGAAAGCUGCCGUGCAGUUCCAACGAGCUAGUGAGCUACACGCAGCAGCCAAGGCUACGGUGACGUUGGCUGAGCAGCGCUUCGUGAGCAAGCACGAGGAGUGGCAGUUUGACAGCAACUGGCAGGAGGUUCUGAACCAUGCCAUCAUUAAGGUUAUGGACGCCGAGAAGAGAAAGGCAGAGAGCGGGCGCGAUCACCAGAAGAAGGCGGCUGGUUAUAUCGCCGCGGAAAGAAAGGUGACACAGCUUGAAGAUAAUCUCAAACGAACUAUAAUGAAGUCACGUCCAUACUUCGAAGAGAAGAAACUAUGUGACGAACAGCUGCAAACACAAAAUGAAAAGAUUGCGAAACUGCAUCGACUCAUAGCGGACGCUAAGUUUCGCUACGCAAGUUCACUGAAGGCUCUGGAAGAAAUCUCCGAAGAAAUACACCGACGCAGAGGAGAAUAUCCUCCAGGGAAGGACACUGUUCCAGUGGGACCCAGAGAGCCAGGUGUCGGUGCUGAAAAGGACCCAGUGCAUGACGAGCAGGAUCUUGAAAAUGAUGAGAAUUUAAAGAUGCAGGAGCUAAGAAUGCGCGUCAGAGAACUCGCGUUGAAACCGAUAGACCGAGCCGUGGAGACAGACGAAGUGUGGGCCCAGGAGCUUAAUGAGACCAUCAACAAGCUGGACCAGUUACUGAUGAUGAAAGAAAGCAACCAGCAGAAGAAGUCCAAAUUCACAGUAAACUCACCGCAAAGCGCACCCACAACAAGCACAACCACAGCUAAAACCCAACCUCCAAGUGAUUGGAAACCAAACAGCAAUCUAUCAAGAUUAAGGUCCCUGAGUCGGGAAGUAGUCUACGAAGAAAAUCACCCCAUAAGUGCAGCUGACAAAUGUAAGAGUAUGGUGUCAUUGGACGUGCUAGCUCUGGCACGAGACGCGUCCAUAUUAGACAGGGAGUCGUAUUUGAAAGCUGUGAUCGAAGACAAGUCACCGAGUGGUACAUAUACCGAGAGUAACUCGGAAAGGAACGAUAGCCCUGAUGAUAUAUUGAUGGUGGAAUGUGACUCCAGUGACUCAACCCAGAAUCCAGUGAUUCGGAUGACCAGCUCCACCGUUACGGAUAGCGAUAAUAGUUAAUUUUAAUAAUUGUUCUUUAACCUGAGGUACACUAGGCGCUUGAAUUGUCGACUCUUGUAGUAAAGGUAUAUGUUUAAGUCCUCAAAAUAUUAUUAAGAAAAUAUUAUAAUAGUUAGUUUUUAUUUUUUUUUACAUAUACAACAGUGUGUUUAUACCAGCCUUACAAUAAAAUAUCUUAGAAGAGUUUAAAAUUAUACAGUAAUAAUUUAAGAAAAUAUUUGAUUUUGACAUGACAAUAUAUUGCGUGUCUCAAGCGUCUAUUGUACGUCCCAGAAGCUCAUUUAAAAGUAAUUUUUAAAAAAUCUGUAAGAAAUACUCGUCACAUUUUACAAUUAAUAUGCACUUCGAAUAUUUGUAUCACUAAAUUAGAUAAAUUCAUUAUUAUGAUUGGUGUGUGAUUUAAAGAAACGAGAUAAGAUCUCGAGUAUCAGAAUCCAGGAUUCGAUUGGAUUGGGUGAAUCAAUAUAUUAUUAUAUAAUAUAAAUUAUAAAUAUAUAUUUAUGUCAUUUUAAUUUUAUUUAAAAAUAUAUUUGUAUGAAAUGCAAUACUUGAAGGGAGCAUACAAAAACAGUUUCACGUUGUUAACAUUCAUUGUUGUCGUAAGCUAAACAGGCGCUUAAUAGUAUUUUGCAGGUAUUCGCAAAAUUAAAGUGAGUUUGUAGAAAAAUAUGGAUGUGAAGACGCGAGAUGUGUGUGCAAGUGAGACAGAUGACAUAAUAAACAAAUAGACUCCCAAUCGCCUAUUCAAAGAACAUCAAAAUACAUCCGAGCGGCAUUGUAUUCAUUAACUUAUAUUUACAAAACAUUCAUUCCAAUUAAAACCUUAUUUCGUGGCAGUUAUGGUCAAAGUUUAGUUGUUUUAGCAAAAUGAUUAAAAACUCCUAGUUAAUUUAAAAGGGCUCCUGAAAUACAACACUCCAUCCAUUGGAUAUGCUGUUAUUUGGAUAGUUUUUGCUUAACGCUUUGUCAUUGCGUGGGGUUGUAUUCAAAGCACGGUCGACACACUACUGAACGAAAACGCUGCUCAAUAGACGCGUAGGCGACAGAGUUUUACUUCAGACAAUUUUGAGCGUGAUUGUGAGUCUAGUUGUUUGUUGUACGUCAAUGCUGAAAACACCAGUAUUACUGAUUUCGUCACUAAUUGACAUAAAAGAGGUGACAGAAGCCAUAACAGUAUAAGAAUACUCGAGUUGAACCAUUUUCUAAAUUUGUCAUUCUGCAGACAAAAAUGUACUGUUGUUUAAUGUUUUAAAUUAUUAUAACAUUUGAAUGGAGUGCGACUUGAGCGGAAUAUUAUCGCGGUACGCUAUCGUGUUAUCUACGACUCAGACCAUAUUGUCGUUCUUUAACCAUGUGAUUUCUCUAUAAUUAAAAUAUUAUGAAUUUAUUUAGAGGACUGUAAGACGUGUUCUAAGACGUUUGUAAAACGGCUGAACUCAGGGUAUGACCGAUAUUUAUAAAUUGCUAUGUAUUUGGUUUUAAUUGUUCGUGUUAUUUACAUAUACAGCAUGACUGGUGACACACUAACGGUACUCAAAGAUGUGAUAUUUUAGGGGAUACGCUAAUGGUGUGUACGUAACUGGGUAGGCGGGCACGGACCUGUCGGCGCUUGCGCUCAAUUAGCGAAAGAGUCGCGCAUUCAGCGAUGAUGUAUGUGUCUACAAUUUAUUUAUAGAGAAUCAAGUACCGCGUACUGUCUUUAAAUAUCGUUUUGUGUUUCACUAGUCAUGCUGUAUACUUAAAUAUAAGACUUGUGAUUCACAAGAUCAAUGUAUCGACAUCGGCCGGCCGACAGUUUUCUUUGCGUAGUACUGUUAAUUUAUAUUAUUUCGUGUUGUGCUAGGAUAUAUUUAGAUAAUUAGAUUAUUACUAUCUACAAACUUCUAGAACUGCCAUUUAAAAUAUUACACUGCAUACUACUUAAAAUAUUUUUUUUUGAUUUUAAUAAAUAUCAUGUCUGGCUGAAUCUUGUAUUAUAUUCAACAGCUUUAGACAAGCCAAGAUUUCUACGGAGAACACUUCAUGUGUCAUGGUGAAAAAAUAUAAAUCCAGAAACGCAAUUGUUGUGAAUCUAUUUUGUAUUUUAAAUAGUUAAUACCGAUCAGAAAUUACAUUUCCGUUUUGUCUGCUAACAUAGCCGAUAUUUUUUUUGUAAAUCUAUUUAAUCUUUACUUGUUGAAAUACAGAGAAGCUUAAACGAAAAUAAGAUAUGUAUUUAUAUUGUUUACGCGUUUAACAAAAGGAUUGGAUUCGAAUCUAAUGGUUUACAUGAAAAAACCAAAAUUUUGUAUGUAUGUUAUAACUAAUAUUAAACACCCAGGUAUUAAAAUUUUCCCAAUGACUUAUUCAUAUUACUGUACCUUUUACCUUUGUGGUAAUGCUAAAUCUAAAUAAAUAUAUUAAAUUCAA